CUGGUGUACACUCAGUCAUCAGCGCUGUUUACAAUAAUUUUCUCUACAGUUUAGGAUAAAUGGUUUGGAAUGAGGCGUCUCUUCGUAAUUUUGAUGCAUUUGCUAAACCACUUAAGGACUUCCGUAUAAAAACUCUUUCGGGUGCAUUAGUCUCAAUAUUGAGUACUUUUAUUAUUGGAAUUUUGUUUAUAUCAGAACUCCUUUCAUUCGUACACCCUCAGAGUAAACAAGAAAUAAUAGUCGAUGUUAACCGAGGGGAAAAAAUGCUUAUUUACCUCGAUGUAACUCUGAACUAUAUUCCGUGUACAUUCCUCAGAUUAGACACAAUGGAUACAUCAGGUGCACAACAAUUAAAUGUGAUGCAUGAGAUCUACAAAACGAGUGUUUCAGUCGAUGGUACUCCUCUGUCGGACAGCGUUCGUCAUACUGUCAACGAUCCUUCAGCUAUGACAACAACAAAAGACCCCAACUAUUGCGGCUCUUGUUACGGGGCAGAGUCUCCCACAAGAAAGUGCUGUAAUACAUGUGAAGAAGUUCAAAUGGCAUAUCAUGAAAUGCAAUGGGUAUUUUCUAACGCUUCUGCAUUUGAACAAUGCCGAAAUGAAAACUGGGAGGACAUGAAACAAAAGAUAGGGAGUGAAGGAUGCAGGAUUCAUGGUAGCCUAACGGUAAAUAGAGUUGCGGGAGCUUUUCAUAUUGCUCCUGGCCAUAGUUACACUGAAGAUCAUGCACAUGUUCACAGUAUUCAGAGUCUCGGGCUUGUUCAAUUUAACGUUACACAUUCGAUUGGGUCUCUUCGUUUCGGUGACUCAUAUCCUGGUCAAAUUAAUCCACUAGACAAUACGAAAACGACAAUUGAGAAACAUUCACAAAUGAUAUCAUACUACUUGAAAUUGGUACCGACCAUGUACAGCAGUCUUAACAAGCGGGAUGGUAUUUUGCUGACUAAUCAAUACUCUGCUACCUGGCAUUCCAAAGGCACUCCCUUAUCUGGAGAUGGUCAAGGUCUACCUGGUGUAUUUUUCAACUAUGAAAUCGCUCCACUACUCGUCAAGAUUACUGAGGAAAAAAAAUCACUUGUACACUUCCUGACAAAUACUUGUGCAAUCAUUGGUGGAGUAUUUACAGUGGCAGGUCUAGUGGAUGCCUUCAUUUAUCAGUCUUCAUGUAUACUUCGUAAUCGUCGGAAUAAACACUGAAAUGCCUCUGAUGGCAAACACUCUAAUUUAUUUGUUCAUUUCUACUUAUUCCAUAAUAUUUUCACCUAUUGCGUUUGUCUUUCACAUACUACUCUAACUUAUGUACAUUGUAGGUUAAGAUACAUUUUUUUUGUUUCUUUUAAUUUAUAUCUGUCUGACUGCUUGGUUAUUGUUAAUGCUGAACAAAUUCCUCAAGUCUUUCUUACUUGUAUUUUCUUUGUUGUGCUUUUAACCUCUAAUUUCUUUAUUUUUGUGAGUUACGAAAAAAUAUAUAUAUAUACAUAAACAUCGUUGAGAUAUA